AUGUUGAUGGAUGUGGAAAACGUGCUGGACGAAAGGAUCGAUCCCUAUGAAUUGGAGCGUUUCCGAGACGAUUACGAGCGGGGAAUCAAGACUGGAGCGCCUACAGUGGCCGCCACAUUCUGCUAUGCUCACGGGUUGAUCAAGUCAACGAAACAAGAUGUGAAUGAAGGGAUUCGAUUGCUGGAGGAUCUCCUCCGAAAAGAACCCGACGAGAUGCCCAAACGAGACUACGUCUACUAUUUGGCCAUUGCAAAUGCACGACUAAAGGACUAUGAUCGAGCAUUGGCUUACUUGGAUGUCCUCUUGGCGGUGGAGACUCACAAUCGACAAGCACGAGAGCUCAAAGAGAUCAUUGAGAAGAAAAUGAAACGAGCUUUAGAAGGCCUUCUCGGUGCAGCGGUGAUCGGCGGCGGUGCAGUACUUGUCGGCGGGCUUUUGGCUGCCGUUUUUGCUGCAGCAAGGCGA